AUGCGAGUUCGAGAGGAAAUCAAGCUGAACAUUGCAUUAGGAAAAAACAAACGCAGAAAGUCCGCUCAAUUCACAUCCACAUCCACGUCCGGUCGAACUGGCCCUCGUAAACGUGAACCGUACGUCCUGCUGCUGCCAGAAGGAAAAAUCGUCGGUGUCCGCACCGGAAGGACGGACAGUUUGGACAAGUACAACAAUCCGUACAGCACCGUUUUCAACAUCGAACACAUCCUGCUCGAUCGGGACCUGUACGAAAACAGGAACGGAACGCAGAUUCUCCGCUACCUGAAGGAGGGCUCCAAGCUGACCGAUUCGGAAAACAACGAAAUGGUGCGAAUCUGUUGCGAACAUUUGCAACGCUGCGAUGGCUCAAUGUACCCGGACACGUCCAAAAAGGAAAUUCUGGCAAAGUCAAUUAUAACGACGUUCCCGCAGCUGACCAGCGAGCAUCAUCCGGCGGAACCGCAUGCCAUCUACUUCCAUCGCAAGCUAGAGCAUGUGGGUGAUGAUCGACACUCGGGUAAGAUUACUCAUCGUUUCGAUACGAUUAUCCGGAAGGCUAAUGGCAAGCAUCGAUACAAGAAACCGAGUCACAUUAUUAUGGGAUGAAGAAGAUGAAUGUGGCUUCUAAUUUAAAAUACAUAUUGAUUUUUUUGUAUUUUCAUUCAAAAGAGUUAGUUCAUAAUA